AUGCAGCUCAUUGGGGCUGGUAUUCUCUUGGCCUCCGCAUUUCAAGCGGUCGCCGACCCAUCUCUAACAGUUCGCACUAGAACCGGUGUCUUCACUGGUCUUCAUAAUGCAAACUUCAGCGCUGUGCGCGAAUUCCGAAACAUUCCCUUCGCACAGCCUCCAGUUGGAUCGCUGCGUUUUCAGCCUCCGGAGCAACUGCCCUCGUCGUCGAAGCACCACUACUCGACACAGUUCCCUCCCUCAUGCCCGCAGUUCGUGUCCAGCAAGCCAAGCUUCUUCGAAGAGGUCACGCCCUACCUGCUCGCAAAUAAUGGCCAUCAGGACCACUCGACGGGUCUCACCUUGCAAACAUCAUCCGAAGACUGUCUGCGCCUCUCCAUCUGGACACCAUCUGGUAUCUCUGCCGACGCAAAGCUUCCUGUCGUAUUCUUUAUGACCGGAGGAGGCUUCAAGACCGGUGGAGUGGACGUGCCAGCUCAAAAUCCAUCUGCAUGGGUCAACCGGACCCAGGAGCACAUUGUCGUGACCAUCAAUUAUCGGGUCAACAUCUUUGGCUAUCCCAACGCUGCUGGGCUUGACAACCCCAACCCUGCCUUGCUGGAUCAGCGCCUGGCCCUGGAAUGGGUGCAUGAGAACAUCGCUGCGUUUGGCGGCAACCCCGAAGCUAUUACGAUGUGGGGACAGUCAGCUGGCGCAAUCAGUACAGACUAUCAUAACUUUGCUUUCUGGGACAACCCACUUGUCCAGGGCACUUUUUCGCAGUCAGGCACCGCCAUCAAGACGAUCACAUCGUCUGAUUAUGCCCAGUCGAAUUUCACCUUCGUAGCCAAGAAUUCUGGCUGUGACUUCCCUGACAACUCGACAAAAGAGCUAGAGUGCAUGCAGCAGGUGCCCAUGACCAAGAUAGAGAACUUUGUCGGCCAGUAUGCUGGUAAGCCGGGGUUGAUAUUUGGGCCUAUCGCCGAUGAGCAUUUUAUUUUCUCUGAUUAUCCAGCUCGGGCUGCUGCCGGAAAGCUCUCGACUUGCCCAGCUAUCUUCUCCGAUGCUGCCAACAACGAUGUCAGUCUCAGUGCAUGGCCAUCGGCGAAUGUGACCGAGGGCCCUUAUCAACCUACAAUCAACGCAGGUACUUUGUCUGGUUGGGUCUGUCCUACUGCCAACACCAGUAUUAUUCGUACUGCCGCCAAUCGAACAACAUACCGAUUUCAAUACGCUGGAAGCUGGCCGAAUCAGGAUGCCUAUGCCUGGAUGGGCGCAUUCCACUCAUCGGAUUUGAUGAUGUUCUUUGGCACCUAUUUCUACAAUGCGGUGAACACUACCGCUAGGCCUACCAUUCAAGAAGUCAAAACGAGUCAGAUCAUGCAAGACCACCUCUUGGCUUUCAUGAAAGACCCUAAGAAGGGCCCUGCUUCACUAGGCUGGGUUCCAUACACCUAUGGAGGCAAGGUCAUCCGCUUCGGAGCGAACGGCAUCCCAGCGCAAAACGUCAGUGGAUAUGAGAUUGAUGGCCCCUGCUUCGGGAACGGCACAUAUAACCCAUUUCCCUGA